AUGCGACGGGCGCUGGCGGUCAAAGUGACUGCCGCCACCGCUGCAGCCUCGCUUCUCGUGCACCAGCAGUACGGCGACUACCUCGCCUCCGUCGAGGCGUCGGCGCACGCCGAGACGCACCUGCCGCUCUCUGCCGACGCCCAGAAAACAGAGGUGGUGCGCGUGCCGUCCUUCCUAUCGGCGGCAGAGGUCGAGGACCUGCACGAGCUCCAUAAGGAGCUCCAGCCGCUCCUGGGCUCGGCGGGCCGCACCUCUGGCAACCAGGCCGCCGCCUACCGUCAGGGCACUUGGGAGACGUCGUACCUGUCGACCGACGGUCUGUUUGCGCGAGCGCGACCAGCCCUGCGCCAGCGGCUGCUCGACCUGGCGCGCGAGGUGGACGCGGAGCACUGGAACGUGAUGAGCCGCGCCACGCGGCCUGUCCUUCCGCGCUGCGUCGAGUACCACACUGUCGAGCCGGGAGGCUCGCUGCCGUACCCGACGCACUACGACGCCGGCUCGCUCGUCACGAUCGACAUCAUGCUCUCGGACAGCAGCGACUUUCGCGGCGGCGAGUUCCGCACGCUCGAGCCCGACGGCAGCAUGCGAAGCUACGCCUUUGAGAAGGGCGACGCGCUCUGCUUUGUGUCGCACAAGUUCCACUGCGUGUCGCCGCUCACCGCUGGCCGGCGCAACGUGCUCGUCGUCGAGCUGUGGGAGGGCGUCGAGCGCCAGUGCGCGCACCGCUGCGAGCGGCACACCGGGGAGUGCGAGCACUCUGCGCGGGCGAGCCUGUUCCGACGAGUGCUCAACGACCUGGGGAGCGACCUCUGA